AUGAAGACUGCAAAAAUAUUCUUUUUUUUUAUUUUUUUAUUAUUUAUCAAUUUAUUAUUACCAUGUUUAUGUAAUGACUUAGGCAUAGCUAACAAUAUAGAUUCAUUAGAAAAAAUUAAGAAAGAAAUGCAAAAGAAAAAAAAAAUUAGAAAUGGAGUGAUUAUAGGUAUAGGUACAGUUUUAACAGGGUUAUUAUUUACAUUAGCUAUAGGAUUAGGAAUAAGAUGUAAUCAAAAUAUGAAAUGUUGUGUUCCAAGGAAGGAAAAAAAAACAUACACUGAAAAAUCAAAUGAACCACGUACUAAUUCAGAAGGCACAAAUAUACGUUCAAGAGGUUCUACGGAUUUUAAGUGGAAAUUUGAUUAUCCUGAAGCAACUUAUAAAGAGUUGAAAAAGUUUACAUUUCAAAAAUUGAAAAAUAAAAUUAACGAUCCAUAUUCAGAUUUUAAUUCUUUUUUAAUAGAUGAUUACGUUAGAGAUAUAUUUCAAAAAAAUGAUAUAUACAUUUCUAGUCAUCAAUUGAAUGAUUUAGCAAGAGAGGCACGUUUAUUAUAUAAUAGAACAGGACAUUUUUAUUGGACAGAUUAUGGUUUUUGGGGACCAUAA